UUCAACACUUAAUUCUCCAAAUAAAAUUGCGUUGACAGCAAUCAAAAUAAAUAGUUUUCCAGUCACUGCGCGCAAGAAAAAAAAAACAAAUAAAAUUAUAAUUUUCUUCAACAAAUAUGUUCUCGCAAUUACUUCGCCGACAUAUAACGCCCACGCUACAGCGACGAGCGACUUCAAUCGAACAACGUAGAACGACAUGUAUCUGCGCACAAUCGUUACAAUAUUGCGAAAACGGAGAACCCGCUGACGUACUGCAGCUGGUCGAAUUGGACAUAUCCGAGCCGAAAAUGAACGAAGUGCUAGUGCGAUUGUUGGCCGCACCAAUUAAUCCCGCCGACAUCAACACCAUACAAGGCAAGUAUCCGGUGAAGCCGCCGUUGCCCGCAAUCGCCGGCAAUGAAGGUGUCGGCGAGGUGCUGCGGACCGGUGGCAGUGUGCAAAAGUUUAAACGUGGUCAACGUGUUGUUGUAGUCGAAAAUGGGCUGGGUACUUGGCGGACGCAUGCGAAUUUUACCGAGCAACAGCUCCUGUGCAUACCGCAUGAAAUGGACUUGGCAAGUGCCGCCACAUUGGUGGUCAAUCCACCGACGGCCUACCGCAUGCUGAAAGACUUCGUGCCACUCGCACAGGGCGAUUGUAUCAUACAAAAUGGCGCCAAUAGUGCUGUUGGUCAAAUAGUCCAUCAAUUGUGCAAAGCUUGGGGUCUCAAAUCAAUUGGCAUCGUGCGAAAUCGUCCGAAUUUGGAAGAGUUGAAAACAUAUCUGAAACUACUUGGCGCAAGUGAAGUAAUCACGGAGGAGGAAUUAGCGCAAAAGGAUGUGGCCACUAAACUCUGUAAACUGCCAUCGCCUCGUCUGGCGCUCAACUGUGUUGGCGGUAAGAAUGCCUCAGACAUGGCGAAGUUGCUAGCAGCCAAGGGUGUCAUGGUCACCUAUGGCGGCAUGUCACGUAAACCAGUGAUGAUACCAACGCCGGCACUUAUUUUCAAAAGUAUUUCCUUUUGUGGAUUUUGGGUCACACAUUGGAUGAGGGAGCACAAGGGUAAGCCGGAGCGUGACAAAAUGUUUGCCGAACUCAUUGAGUUUUUCAAUAAAGGCAAGUUGAAAGGUGCUAAGCACGAGAUGGUGCCGCUCAAGGAGUAUAAAACGGCAGUUGCAGCCACAUUAAAUGUAAAGGGAAUGGUCGGGAAGAAAUACAUUUUGGAGAUGAAGUGUUGAAUUUUAAAUAAAGAGUUUGUGUUGAUAAAGGAUUUGGUAUUUUGAACA